UGAGAUCGCAGGCCGGUCGUAGAUUAUUAGUUGUUCUUCGCAGAAAUGGCAGCGAGAGAUAAGUCAGCCAUGAAAGUUUCGCUUUCCCGUUCUCGAUUCCCGACUUUUCUCUUCAUCAUACUUCUUUUUAUCGUCGUUGUUCUUCUAUACUACUACUGGAGUCUAUCUUCUUCAAAUCAAGUUCUUCUUAGGGAAUUGAAAAUUUUAGAAAGCGGAAAGUUAGAGACCGAAAGAAAGCGCAGUGCGUUGGAGAGUCAGAUCUUCGAAAUAGAGAAUGAAAGGCGUUUGGCAGAGGAAGAUUUAGAGAAAGAAAGAUCGAGGCGAGUGGAGAAUGAAAAAACGGCUAUGGAAGUGUCUUCUGAACUGCAUGGACAGCUUCAAAUAACAACAGAGCAGCUUUAUACUGCAGAGGAAAACGAGAAACAAUACCAGGCAGAAUUAGAAAAGUUGAAAAAAGGAGUGAACAGCUCAUCUCUUGAUCUCCAAAAAUUGAAAGGAAGAGCUGAUGAGCUGUUAAAAAAGUACAAGGAAACAAAGGAAAGCCAUUCUUCACUCUUGCAAAAGGUUGCAGAGUUGACAUCUGAGAGAGAUGUUUGCCAGAAAGAAUUAGUAAAGGUUCAGAUGGAACUGGAUCAACAAAAGAAAACUCAAGAUGUUAAGGUAGUACCAUCAGAUAAGAAUGUCUUGGACAAAGCCGAUGAUGAGAAAAAAGCAACUGAUGAGGGUUCUGACAAAGAUACCAAGGAAUCUGAGAAAGGUGAUGACAAGAAAGAUGACAAGGAAUCUGAAAAAGAUGAUGAAAAUAAUGAUGAAAAUGCUGAGACACCCAAAGAAGAAAAAGAAAAGGAAUCAGUUGAAGUGAAGAGUCCUAUGCCAAGUAGAGCAAGUGCAAACCAGAAGAAUGCAAGUGUUUCACCUAAUGUCACUGGAAACAUCAAGCCAGAUGGAAAGGAGUCUCAAAUUAAAGAAACUGACAAGCGUAAUCAAGGUAAUCCUGAUACCUCAGAGGAAGUGGAAAAAGAGACUGGAAAAGAUGAAGGAAAUACUGAACAGCCAAACGAAGAGGAGAGCCCAGAGGAAGAUAAAGACAUGGACAGUCAGCCAGUGACAGCCAAGGACAAGAAGAUUACGAAAGUUGAAAACAAGGAUGAAGUGAAUGAGGAAGAUGAAGAGGAAGAAGAGGAGUCUGAUGAUGAUUCGUAUAAGACAGGGAGGAUGGAGCGAAGUAUGAGUUUAGCUGCUGAUAUGCGACGUCGUAUGCAGCCACUCCAUGAAGACAGCCCUGAAACAAUGACUAGAAAUGCACAGCCCGCAGGCAAUAUGGAAGAAAUCAGGAAACUUAAAAAAAGUCCAAUGGAUCCUCAAGGAUUGAUGCCCGGGAGAAUCAAUAUGCUUGACAUUCCUAAGAAUUCUGAGGAAAUGAGAAGAGGCAAGAAGGCUGACGAUCAGGAUCAGUGAUUGAAUGGAAGGUCAUGAGGAAGCGGUUUUAAUUGGAAUUAGAGGAGUAAUUUUUUGGUGUUGAAUAAUUAUGCAUAAAAUAGAAAGCAAUUUUUAUGUACGUGCAUUCAUUCAACUUCAUGAAAACAAGUCAGCAAAUCUCGAAAAUUAGUUAGGAAAUAAUAGGCAGGAAAAUGAAAUGCUCAUACUCGAUGCGUUAGUAAAACAGGCAUUACAUUCUGACGUGCAAAUUGCUUCAAUGGGGGUUGUAGAAAUAAUUUAUAUCCUUUGUGUGUUUCCAUGCCACUUGGUGUAUUUAUCUCCAGUUGUGUUGCUACAUGUUAUUAGAUAGAUCAAGAAACAUUGUAACUGUGUUUUGAAUGUAAUUUUUUUUAUAUAUGUAGAGGUGUUGCUGUAGGCUACAAAACACAAAACCACCUUAGUUGUUAUGUUAGUGGCCAUAAGCUGCACAUGUUUAUGUAUAGCUAUUAUUAACAGUGUUCAAAGCAAUCAUACUCUACGAUAAUCCACAUACCAUCGAUUGACUUAAAGUGGUUUACAAAUAUGUGGUCAUUUGUUUGAUGUGGUCAAUGUAGGAACAGCUUAACAAGAACGGUAGUAUUGAUACAUCAAAAUAGAAGUGCUGGAAGAAUGCUGGAAACUAUUAUCAGCCACCUUAAUGUGUAGUGUCAACCUUACAAUCUAGAGUUCAAUCAUUAAUGUUUAGUCAUUGUUAUCGACAUGUUCUGUAGAUGGGCAGGAUACAUAAUACUUAACCUUCGCAGAACUAAGACAUGUAUUGGUGGUUGUUACUGGCAGAGUUAGAUACUGGCAAUUCGUCAGGGCGAUUUGACAGAAGUUUUUUGGACAGCACUUUAUCCCAUACACCACUGUAGGGAGAGAAUUAGUUCAUGUGCACUCCAUGUUGCUCAAUGAUGGCAUGUAAACUAGGAGUAGAUGUAAAUGGCAACUGUACCAUCCUCCUUACACUGUUAACAAUCUCUGCUGUUGUGACAGAAUCGUUUCUCAACCAUUUAAAAGGAAGAAAACCGCAAAAUCAGAUGAACAUUUUUAAAUUGUACUCUUCUGAUGCAUAAAAAGUAGAUUGUUUUCUUGGUAUUCGCCCCUCGUUUGGAAGUCUUUUUGUUAUGAAAUAUCUGUUCUUUAGUCAGUUGGUGGAUGGUCGUCUGUAUAAGAUGCCUUCACCAGGUACAGUUGUUUUGAACGGGUACUAUUUGUAGGUAAAAUGAACUUGUAGAAUUGAAUGUAGGUGCUCAUUUGAUAACAUUUGUAUUAUAUGUAGCAAAGUUAGGUAUGUCUUUCUCCUAAGUCCACACCUAAACUUGGCUCUUGUACCCAUUGUUUUCACGCCAGGUCUAGAUUUUUUGUAGUUUGUAAAUUUUCACUUGAGUGCCAGCUCUCUAGCGUUGAACAUUGAAGGGUCUUACAUGUAGUUAGAGUUGUUAAAAUAGAUCCGGAGGCAUGUAUACUAUACCGUAGGCCAGGCCUGGAAAAAUCGGACAUCACGUAGUACGGUCGGUAUAACUCGGGGUUAUGGCCACUAUGUUAGCUCUAUAAAAUUGAGCUCUUUUAAACGUC